GCAUUUCCUCAAGUUUUUCUAUGCAGAUGCAGAAACCCGAAAAAAAAUCGUAAUUCGUUCGACUUCGAGAGAAUUCCGGCAGCAGGCAGCAAAAGUUUUUGUGACGAGAAAGCAAAAAAAUCAAUCCUCAGAAUUCGCAGCAGAGAUUUAGAGAAAAAUUCCAAACAAAACCCCCAACAAAUUUAUUCAGUUUUUAAUUAGCUCCAAUCGGUGGAAAGAGUAAAGUUUUUUAUUUAGUUAAUUUUUGUCCAAGUGGAAUGGAUAUCUUGCGUAAAAUGUUCAAUAAUACCGAAGAAAAAACCGACGGCCCCAAGAACAAGAAUCCUUCGCUGGAGGAAAAAGACGAGUUCCGGAAGCCCAGUUGGUUCGAUGAGUCGGACACCGACGAUGAGCUCUUUGGCGAUAAUCGGAAGUUCAUCUUUGAGGUCUUCACCAACCCAAUUGAGAUGCAGAAGCACUUUGAGCAGCAAAUGCAGCAGAUAAUGGAGGCUGUUAGCCAAUACGAGGAGAAUCCUCCUAAAUUUGACAAGGACCUAAAGGAAGAGUAUUUGAAACCUGGAUUUGAGGGAAAUUUCAUCAAGGAAUUUGAAAAGCAGAAGAAUAUGUUUGAUACUGAUUUGGAUGGAGAAAUCUAUCCAAAUCAAUUACACUCUUUGUUGCAACGGGUAGCUCCUGAAAUGGGCAACAUCCUGCCCCGAAAUGAUAAUCGCACUAAAAUGAUACAACCCAAGAAGAAGUUAACGGACGAGGAAACCAUACUGGGGCGUAUUCAUGGCACUUUAUUAGACGAUGAGUCACGUCCACCGGCUAAAAGAGGUCCCGAUAUGAUCGCUCCGCCUAUAAAAACACCGUUUGGGGGCGUUUUCGAGGGGGUCUAUCAAGGCCCGAAAAUGUUUCGUCAGAGUGUAAUGACGCAGACUAUACGCAAGCCUGAUGGCUCCUAUGAGACCACUAAAGUAACCCAGGACUCGGAGGGUAAUACCACUACAACAACAACGCGCACUAUAAAUGGCAAGUCAGAAACUGUCACAUCAUUCAACACCAAAAAUAAGAAAAACAAUGAAAUUGUUUCGGCACACAAGCCAAUUGGAAAUGCAUCCUCGUAUUCGGACCGUAACAUCUAUGUGUCCAAACAAGGUUAUGCUCUUCCAAUGAACCUCUGGUGACCAGUGGUCCCCAGCACCACCACCAAUAACAACAGAACCACAACAACAAUUGCAACCAUUAAUGCAUCCAUUAUAAUUGGCAAUUGCUGCAGCAACAUUAUUCCCCUUUUCUUCAAAAUUAUCUUUCAAAUAUAUUACGUGUUAGUUCGUAGAGUCCUUAGUGUUUGGUGUUUUAGAUGAAACUCGUAGUCGUAGGCCCGUCCCCUAUAUAAACAAAACGGCAACAAAGCUGUUUCUUAGUAUUUCUUGUUUGUACGCCGCGUCGCGUGCGCAUGUAAAACAACAACAACAACAACAAAAACCAACCAUUAAACAACACACAAAACAAACAAACAGAAAAAAAACAUAUUCUUUUUUUUUUGUUUUAAACAAAAGGCAAAAGCAAAAUUAAAUUAAAAUAAUUACUCAAAUCAUAACUCGCGGCAUGCCGCACUCUCUGUCUCUCUGUUUAAAAACAAAAAAAAAUAUAAACUCUCUCAGGGAGAGAGAAUGUGUAGCUUUCGAUUUUCGAAUGAAGUCAUGCUAUAGUCGGCGACCUCAGAAGAAGUGGGCUUCGAGCGGCGCUGGUUGAUGUGUAAUUAGACAAACAGAUGCGUAUUAGUUUUGGUUUAUUCUAAUGUCUGUAUGUAUUGAGUCGGUGGUCAAAAAAAAAAAAACAAAACAAUGGAAAAGGAUGUAGCAGGAGAACAGGUGUAAAAAUAACAACAACAACAACAAUAUUCACACAUGCACCUAUAGGUGGACGAGAUAAAGAAUGACAAACAUUAAAUAACAACAACAACAACAAAAAUCACCAUUUCGAAGAAUAUUCAUUAAUUUAGUUUUUUGAUUUAUUUUCGAAUUUUUUGUUUUAUUUUUUUUGAAUAAGUUCUCUUUGUCUCGAAAAGAAAAACAAUUUCACCUAAAAAAAUAAAUAUUAUACUUAUAUACUAAAUAUAUCACAUAUAUAAACUUAUAUACUUUAUCCUUAAGUUUAUUUUAAAAAAAUAAAAGAAGUUUGAUGAGAUCAAAAAUUAAAAACGGUUAGAUAAGAAAAAAUCACAGUCCCAGGAGUCGUACUGGAAAAAAAAGACACAUCGAGGCAAAAUUAUCAUUUAUUAUUUCGUAGAAACUUUUUUUGUUCCUGUUAAAUUUAAUAACUAUAUUUUAC